UUAUUUAAGUCAACAUCAGUUGCUGCUUCUCUUUCUUUUUCACGAUUGAAUUUGGUUCAAGUGAGAGAGUUUGACAGGUGCGACUCCAUCUGUUAAUUUGUCCUCGAGUGUUGGACAUUUGAGUCUUUAGCAGCUUGAUAUUAAGUGCAUUAUAGUAAGUUUAUGUUAUAUGUGGAAGGAGCUAUAACACUUGGCCUCAGUGAAGUGGGAAUUUAUUGUCUCUUAUUGCACCUGGAGAGCAUGAAUAAACAUUUAAUGCAGGUGUGAUCAUUGUGAGGUGUGCCUGUAAUGGAAGGGGAACCUUUACUAGAUCUGUGUCACCUGACUGAGGUGGAGCAGACUGUAAUUCUCAAUGUUCUGCAGAGAGAUGCUGAACUACGCAACAAAGAGGAAGGGAGAAUACGGAAGCUUCAGCAGACUGUGUCAGACCCUGUCCACCUGCGCUCUCUCACUGGAGUGUGGUUUCAUGAAGAGCGUGCCAAGAGAUAUCAGAAGGGUGGAACUGAUGUUGUUCAUGCCUCUAUACACCGUAAGAGACAUGAAAAAGUUAUACCUUUGACAGUAAUAUUCGAUAAAGAAAAAGGUAACUCUUCUCAAUUACAUGAGCAGCAAGAAGAAGACAAAAGUACAGAGAUAGAAUUGCAGGAAAAAAUAAAUGUAAGCGAAGAUGACAAGGGUCAGGAACUGAAGGAAAGAGAAAAAGUAGAUGGGGAAAGUCCCAUUCCUGUGGUAACUCUUGAACAACAAUCCAGGACAAGACACAUCUCAAAGAAUAAUGCAGCAGAAGAAAAUUGUCUUAAAGAAAGUGUUGGAGAGUCAGGGGACAAAGAGAGGAGAAUGUUGCCAAGUACAUCACCGACUCUACAGAUCGACUCAGAGGGGGACAUGGAUUCCGGCAGCACUGAACUAGACUAUACUAGGUUUGGGUCAGUUAGCAGCUUGACCUCCCAUCAUAUGAUGAAUGGCAGUUUGAUGAGCCUGUACAGUGUGGGCGAUUUCGGGGGUAUUGUGGUGUCAGGGCAGAUCCAGUUCUCGUUGCAGUAUGAUGUCAAGAAAGAGGAGCUUCAUGUGCACAUAAUACGCUGCCAAGAGCUUGCACCGGCCCGAAAAAAUCGAUCAGACCCAUAUGUUAAAGUUUACCUUCUCCCUGACAACACAUCUCGCAGUAAGAAAAAAACUGCAGUGAAGAGGAAAACAUUAAAUCCAGUCUACGAUGAAACCAUGAAAUACAAAGUGGGGAGACUGGACCUCCAGGCACGUGUGCUGAGUAUGUCAGUGUGGCACAUGGAGAGAAUGAGGAGGAACCUCUUCCUGGGGGAGGUGGAAGUGAGGCUGGGUCAGUGGGACUGGAACCAGAGCCAACCAACCUGGCACAACCUCCAGCCAAGAGUUAAGUUAAGUCCAGAUGACAUUAUCAGCAGAGGAACCAUUCUGUUCUCAAUUAAGUUUGUACCUCCAGGUUCAGAGGGAAGUGGUUGUCCACUGACUGGUGAGCUCUAUAUUUGGUUGAGGGAGAUUGUUGGUCUACUUCCCUCAAAACGUGGCGCACCCAGUACAUAUGUUAAAAGUGUGGUAUUACCAGAUGAAAGUGGCGUCAGUGGCCAGAAGACUGGGGUGGUUCGAGGAUCUGUCAACCCAGUGUUUAACCACACCAUGGUUUAUGACGGGUUUCAGUCCAGUGACCUUAUUCAGGCCUGUGCAGAGAUAACGGUCUGGAGUCCGCACCCCCCUGGCUGCCUGGGUGGAGUACGACUCAGCACUGGCUCAGGUGUGAGUUACGGUCAGUCUGUCUGCUGGAUGGACUCAACAGAAGAUGAGAUCAGUGUGUGGUCAAGUGUGAUUCAGAGCCCCAACAGCUGGGUGGACACUAGUCUACCUGUCAGAACCAACUUACAGCUCUGUUCUGAGUGAACUUUGUUUAACCUAUGCAUAGUCACCCUGUGACUUUGGUUGUGUAACAUUCUGUAAUACACUACAAAACUUUUUCCUAGAUUUUUUCACCCAGUUUGCAGUCUGGACGGGUAUUGAAGAUAGCUGGCAAAAAUCAGAGCCAGUCUGCGAAUUGUGGACGGUUGGGGUUGAUACAUUUCACAGAACAUUGCAUAGUAUGUGAUGGGCACAAACUCUGACUUUUAGGCUACGUUUACACUAGUGCGUUUUCAUUUUUAAACGCAUAAUUUUUGCUACGGUUACGCCUGUCAUUUACACUAUCAUGGCAUUUGAAAACUCAGGGGUUGAGUUUCAGUGUAAACAGACUAAAACGGAGAGUUUUGAAAACGAUGGCCUGGCUGCCCACAUUCGCUCUGUGUAUCCUUGAUGACCAUGUAAACAAUAACAUCAUGCUCAUUGCUGUACCUGCAUGAAUGGUCAUGUGACAUGCGUUUUCAGUUGUGUAGUGUGGACGGAGAACAUUUCAGAAACGCAGUGAAAACGCAAGUGUUGACUAGGAUCGUUUUCAUUUUAAAAUAAAAACGCACUAGUGUAAACAGGGCCAGCUUCAAACUAUGGUUCCUAUGGUUUGAUAUCCUUGGGUCUGAGGAUAUCAAACAUGUUUUUACAUUUUGAGCCAGUUCUAGAACAUGUGGUGGUGUAUGAUGUGACCUAACUGACUUAACUCCAUUCAACUACAGUUGCAAUCUGUACAGGGCAGAAUCACCCAUGAGAUCACCCUACAUUAAUAGUCCUCACACACAUUUCUUUCAUGAAAUCUGGGGGAGGGAAUGAGAAUCCAUUGUUUAACUUAAACUGUCCUCUUAUGAGAAUGGUAUUUUCAUCUUUCUGCUUGUGGUCUCAUGGUGACAUUGACCACACAUUUUGUCUUUAAAUAAAUGCACAUUGCAUCAGUUUUUACAAAAAAAAAAAAAAAAAAAAAAAAAAAAA